AUCAAUGAUUCUGCCCGGCGGGUGGGACGGGCUGGGCAUUUGGAGCGGGUCCAACGAAUCUGGCGGGCUAACACGGGCCAAUUUGCAAAACGGGCUAGUGCAUGAAACCGGCCCGUUUUUAUGUCCAGGUCCGGUUCAACCGGUUCAACCGGCCGGGCCGGGCCGGGUUUUAAAACCAUGAAAAAAAAUUGAUAUGGUUCCUUUUUGAUUGAAAAAGACAUUUUUUGACUGAAUAUACUUUGUUGACAAAGGAAACUCACGUCACAUUUUUUCACGCUCUCCUUUCCCCACUUCACAUACACCAUUGUUUUCUGCUCUUCCGCCCCCACUUUUCUCCAUCUUCGUAUCCAUGUGGAGGCUCCUCCUGAUUUUAGUUUUUGGUCUCUUGGUGCGAUCAACUCAUGGUGUCGCACCGUCUGAUUAUGGAGAUGCAUUAUCUAAAAGUCUUCUCUUUUUCGAAGCACAGAGGUCAGGAAAGCUCCCUCAAUCGCAAAGGGUAAAGUGGCGCCAAGACUCUUCUCUUCGCGAUGGCUUCCAAUCUCAUGUUGAUUUGGUAGGAGGAUACUAUAGUGGUGGUGACAACCUUAAAUCAAGCUUUGAAAUGGCAUAUUCAAUCACUAUGCUCUCUUGGAGUGUGCUAGAGUUUGGUAGCUACAUGGAACUGGAAUUGCAGUAUGCAAAAGAUGCCAUUCGGUGGGGGACUGAUUUCCUUCUCAAAGCAACAAACUCCUUUGGCUAUGUAUAUAUUCAAGUAGGAAACCAAAAUCACAGUGGGCAGAACUGCUGGCAGAGGCCUGAGGAUUUAGAUGGCCCUAGACAACUUUAUGUUGUCAGCAAACAAUCUCCUGGAUCAGAUGUUACAGCGGAAAUUGCUUCUGCACUCGCUGCGUCUUCCAUGGUUUUUAAGCAUAUUGACCCUGCCUAUUCUGCAAAGCUCCUUGAAAGAUCUGAAAAGAUUUUUCAAUUUGCAGAUGAGAAUCGAGGUCCAUACAUCAUUAGUUUGGGUCCAUGGGUGUGCCCCUUUGGUUGUUCAGCUGAAUAUGAGGAGCCUGUCGAAGAAGCCAAAGGAAUUGGUUGAACUUUGAUACUCUACUAUUUUUAGCUAUAGUAUAGAAUUAGGGUUAAUGUAUUUGGGGAGUUCAUAUUUUUAGUGGAUUUUUUUCUUGGGGAGUUUGAGUCUGCUUCACCAUCCCUUGUUGUUCAACUCUAUCUUGAGGAGUUCAAGUCUUCUUAGUGUAAGGGUUGAGUCUACCCCGUGCCUUACAUCAAAAACAUCAAAAAAAAAAUAGGGGUGGGGGGUGUGGUUUAUGUCAAACUUGUUAACUUCCUUGUGUGUCACUUUUGCAAAUGAAUUUAUUUUUUCUCU